UUCCGUCUCAUGUUGGGGCAACAGUACAACUCGUGUCCGCGGGCUGGCACGCAGCACCUUUUAUAACCCCUCACGCCGGCGCAUCGCGCUCGCCGCCGACCACCACAGCACCUGGCCUCAUCGAUCGACGCCACCCCGUCUCGCGUAUCCUCCUCCGCUCGCUGCCAAUCGGCGGAUCCGAGCAGAUUCUUCGUCAAUAAUUAGAGCUACGACCAUGGGUGGCGAGGCGGCAUCCACUUCCUCUUCUAAUCCCCACUCACAACCUCAAGAAUCUGGAGCUACUCAACAUAGAGUGGAGAGUGUCAAACGACACCUAUCCAGAUUGGUUGCGAAGUCUCUCUGUGCAGUGGCAGCUGAUCUGGAUGUGGAGCCAAUGAUCGAAGUCUCAAAAUCAGGAUUUGGUGACUAUCAGUGCAACAAUGCGAUGAGCUUAUUUUCACGUAUAAGAGAAUCAGCAACAAACUUCGGGAACCCCAAUGCAGUUGGACAGGCAAUGGCAGACAACUUUCCUCCUUCCAGAAUUGUUGAAUCCAUCUCUGUUGUUGGACCUGGCUAUGUUAACAUAGCCCUAUCCAGUGAUUGGAUCGCACAGAGGAUACAAGACAUGCUUAUCCAUGGUAUCGAAUCAUGGGCACCAAUCUUACCAGUUAAGAGGGUGGUGCUUGAUUUUUCAUCUCCUAAUAUUGCAAAGGAGAUGCAUGUUGGGCAUAUAAGAUCAACCAUAAUUGGAGAUACACUAGCUCGCAUAUUUGAGUUUGCAAAUAUUGAAGUUCUUCGACGUAACCAUGUGGGAGACUGGGGUACACAGUUUGGAAUGCUGAUAGAAUUUCUGUUUGAGAAAUUCGCAAAUGGGGAGGAAGCUGGCAACCAGGCCAUUGAGAAUCUUCAGGGUUUCUACAGAAAUGCCAAGAAAAAAUUUGACGAGAAUCCUGAUUUUAAAGGCAGGGCUCAGCAAGCAGUAGUUCGCCUGCAGAGAGGGGAAGAUAGAUACCUAGCUGCCUGGAAAAGUAUUUGUCAAAUUAGCCGGAAUGAAUUUGACUUGGUGUACAAACGCCUUAAUGUGGAACUUGAAGAAAAGGGCGAGAGCUAUUACAAUCCUUACAUUCCUCGUGUUUUGGAGGAAUUGACUAGCAAAGGCUUGAUUACAGAAAGUGAAGGCGCUCGAGUUAUUUUUAUCGAAGGCCAAAAGGCUCCUCUGAUAGUGGUCAAGAGAGAUGGGGGCUUCAACUAUGCUUCUACAGACUUGGCUGCUCUCUGGUACCGGCUUAAUGUGGAGAUGGCAGAAUGGAUAAUAUAUGUAACUGACGUAGGUCAGCAGCAACAUUUCCAUUCGUUUUUCAGUGCUGCUAGGCUGGCUGGCUGGCUCCCAGAUAAAAAAGAAGAGAAGUACCCAAAGGUGAGUCAUGUUGGGUUCGGCUUUGUUCUUGGUGCAGAGGGCUCACGCUUCCGGACACGUUCCUCUGAUGGAGUUGUUCGACUGGUAGAUCUACUUGAUGAGGCUAAAUCUCAGAGCCUAGCACAGCUUAUCAAACGUCUGACUGAAAAUGGUCAAAUUGCUGACUGGACGGAUGAAGAGCUGGAUAAAACUUCAGAGGCUGUAGGAUAUGGUGCUGUUAAGUAUGCAGAUCUUAAAAACAAUCGGCUGACAAACUACAAAUUUAGUUAUGAACAAAUGCUAAGUGACAAGGGAAAUACCGCUGUGUACCUUCAGUAUGCACAUGCCCGUAUCUGUUCCAUAAUCCAGAAAUCCAACAAGGAUGUCAAAGAGUUGAAACUGACUGAAUCCAUUACUCUCGGCCAUCCUGACGAGCGUUCCUUAGGGUUGCAUCUCAUUCAAUUUGCAGAGGUUGUCGAGCAGGCCUGCGACGACCUGUCGCCCCAUCGCCUGUGUGACUACCUGUACACCCUAUCUGAAAGAUUCAUUUUUCUAUCCGGUCGCGUCAUGCUUAACUGCCUUUCCCAUUGUACCAUGAUUCUGGCAGGUUGUCGGGUCACCGGAGGAAACGAGCCGCCUGUUGCUGUGCCAAGCGUCGGCGGUCGUCAUGCGGCAAUGCUUCCACCUGCUGGGCAUAACACCAGUGCACAAGCUAUAGAAGUCGAUGGAUGCUCUAGUUAGUAAAUUAUCAUUGAACUCGUCUAACAUGAUAGGUUUAGUGGACGCGAUCUUGUAAAUAUUACUCCCUUCCUCCCACAGUAUAACUUGAAAAAGGAUCUUAUAUUGUGGGACGGAGGGAGUAGUUGCAAAUAUCAGUAUGUCGUCGAUGCCACAUAGUAGCUCGCAAGUAUGUUUGUCUUUCCUACAUCAGCAUCAGCAUAAUAGCAAGGCUGUGGGAUUUUAUUGUUUGAAACUUUGGUGUGUUCUGGAUAUAUGUUAGUUAUAAGGGCAAUACAAACGUUCACGAGUUUUCUGGGC